UCAGAAAACAGAAAGCCUCACGUGCGUCCUGUCCGCUGCCCUUACACCAGACACGCAUGCGCAGAAACAACGUUUGCCUGUCAGUCUACACUUCGAGCAGAUAUCGAGCAGGUUUCCACUCAGAAAUACAACAAAACACAAGACAAACUUUAACUUUAAAGCCGCGUUUGAUGGACUCUGAAGUGUAAAGGUAUAUUUUCGCCGGCUCGACCACCUAAACAACAACAACAACACGAGCCGUGGACGACUCGGUUAGCUAACUUUAGAGCAACAAUGUUCUGAAAUCCAAAGUGAGCUAACAGCUAUCUGUCGACUCUGGCGUCCUGCUGAGGUCUCUGUUGCACAGCAGCUGCAGGACCCCUCACUAUGGAGCGGACUGCACUCAAACAGAGCCAGCUGUGUGGCUCCUGGGAGAUGAAGGAGAGACUUGGGACGGGAGGCUUUGGGCACGUCUACCUGUACCAGCACCUUGAGUUGAGAGAGAAGAUUGCGGUGAAACUUUGUCGCCUGGAGCUGAACUCCAAGAACAAAGACCGCUGGGCCAGAGAGAUUCAGAUCAUGAAGAAGCUGAAUCAUGUGAACGUUGUUCAGGCCCGAGAAAUUCCAGAGGAGUUGAGCUCCAUUGCUUUAAAUGACUUACCCCUGUUGGCCAUGGAGUACUGCUCAAGAGGUGACCUACGCAAGGUACCAAGUUUUGAAUAAACCAGAAAAUUGUUGUGGACUAAAGGAGAGUGAAGUCCUCUCGCUGCUCAGUGACAUUGGCUCUGGUAUCCAAUACCUCCAUGAAAAUAAGAUAAUUCACAGAGACCUAAAGCCAGAAAACAUAGUUCUGCAGGAGAUUGGUGGGAAGCUUGUCCAUAAAAUAAUAGAUCUGGGUUAUGCAAAAGACCUAGAUCAGGGCAGUCUCUGCACAUCCUUUGUUGGAACUCUCCAGUAUCUGGCUCCAGAGCUAUUUGAGAGCAAACCCUACACUGUAACUGUGGACUACUGGAGCUUUGGGACAGUGAUCUUUGAAUGCACUUGUGGUUUUCGCCCCUUUUUACACCACAUGCAGCCUGUACAAUGGACAAGUAAAGUCAAGAACAAAGGUCCCAAAGACAUCAUGGCAGUAGAGGACAUGAAUGGAGAAGUCCGAUUCUCCACACAUCUCCCUUAUCCCAACAAUCUCAGCAGGCCACUGUUGGAACCAGUCGAGUCCCUUCUGCAGAUGUUGUUACUGUGGGACGCUGCAACACGUGGUGGAGGGCUGGAUUCUGACACAAACAAGCCAUACUGCUACACAGCUCUACAGAAUAUUCUAAGCUUGAAGGUGAUUCAUGUGUUGGACAUGACAUCUGCCCAGCUGCACUCUUUGGUUUUCGGUGCUGAGGAGAGCUUACACUCCCUCCAGCUUCGCCUGGAGACACACACUCAGACACACAUCUCCCCACUGAGUCAAGAGCUGCUGCUGGAGACAGGAAUCUCCCUCGACCCACGCAGACCACCCGCACACUGUCUGCCAGAGGGAUUGCGAGGCUGGGACAGCUCCAUAGUCUUUCUGUUCGAUAAGAGCUUGACCAAGUACUCUGGACCGCUGACUGCCAGACCGCUGCCAGACAGUGUCAACUUUAUAGUCAGGGAGACUAAGACGCAGCUCCCACUGUCUGCACUGAGAAAGGUGUGGGGCGAAGCAGUCAGCUACAUCUGCGGACUGAAAGAGGACUACAUUCGUCUGUACCAGGGACAGAGGGCUGCCAUGCUGAGCCUGCUGCGAUACAACACCAACUUAACACGGUACAAGAACCUGCUGUUCUCCCAGUCGCAGCAGCUCCGAGCCAAACUGGCUUUUUUUAAGACCAGCAUCCAGAAUGACCUUGAGCAGUACACCAAGCAGAGACACAUUGGCAUCUCUUCGGAAAAAAUGUUGAAGACCUGGCAGGAAAAUGAAGAGAAGGCCGAUGGGUUCUCAAAGGUUGCAGAUAUGGGGUAUCUGGAUGAAGAGAUAGUGGCUCUGCAUUCGGAGAUUGUGGAGUUGCAGAGGAGUCCAUUUGCGAGGAGACAGGGGGAUGUAAUGGAACAGCUUGAGGAAAAGGCUAUUGAACUCUACAAGCAACUGAAAGCUAAAUGCAAAAGUCCCGACCCUCCACAUGGCUACAGUGACAGCUCGGACAUGGUGAAGAUGAUACUCCAAACAGUUCAGAACCAGGACAGAGUGCUGAAAGACUUGUACACUCACCUGAGUACAAUUCUCGUGUGUAAGCAACGCAUCGUUGAUUUGUUCCCUAAAUUGGAGACGGCGGUAGAGAACAUAAAAACUGCUGAGGCUGCAGUGAUGCAGAUGCAAAUGAAGAGACAGAAAGAGUUCUGGUACCUCCUCAAGAUUGCCUGUGCCCAGAACAAUACUCCAUCACAGUCACUAAUGCAACAACCCACUGACAGUGAAACUGUUAAUCAGUUACUGGAGGAGAAUCAGCGUUAUCUGAGUCAACUAACAUCUCUGCUACAAGACGCCACCCAGGACAUGGAGCACAGUGUCAUGGAUCUGGACUGGAGCUGGACUCAGUACAGAGCAGUAAAAGCCCAACCCCAGAAGCUGUAGAAACUGACCAAAGACUGUGUGUCUAAGUGUUAAGAGUUAGAGAUGUAUUCUGUCAACAAGUGCCUUAUCAGAGUUACACUAUUUGAAAGCUUUGUGAUUCCAUACUGUGUCUUUUUACAUACAUGUAAUGCUCUAAAACAAAGUGUGCAACAGCAUGAUAUGGUAAGCUAUUCAUGUUUUAACUUAAAUGUAUAUUAUUGAGUUUUAGCUGUAACCAAGACUUAUUUAUUUUACGUGUAAUAUUGAUUUGAGUAAAACAUUGCUGCUGAAAAACUAUGCAUGAUGGAAUGUGAAUCAAUUUUAUAAAUGUAUGGCACAUA